CAGAUUUAGGCUGAACUUUCACGGGGGGCUGUUGCUUGCAAUAGCUAUCAUGAUAUCAUGUCUACAUUUCGGCCAUGGGUGACACUGCAGAGGAACACGCUGCACUGCAGCUGUCACAUGAUUCAGUGGAAGUCUCGGAUGCAGAAGAUCCCCAAGAAAAUCGUGAAAGCGGCCAGUCUUUGGUGACGCCAUUGGAUUCCAAAUUUGCCGUCGGAGAUUCAACGAUCCGAUCAUUGGCGCGACAGCUGAAAGAACUUCACCAUUCGCUCGGCUGUGAUGUGAUUUUGAAAGCCCGACAGCUGAGACCAGAUGGUGCAUCCGAUGAGACGACCUUCCCAUGUAGCAGCCUGGUAGUAGCCACGUGGAGUCCCAGUUUCAGAUCUUUGCUGAAAGAGAACACAAAUGACAAAGAUGCCAAAGGAUGCCGCACCAUUGAGUUGAAGGGCAACUUGAAAGUGGUCGAGGAUGCGAUAGCUUUCAUGAAGGAGGGCCGCCGCAGCUUCUCUGUCGUGGAUCUGAAAGAACAACACCCUCUCCUUGAAUUUGCCAGCGAGUAUGGCUUGGAUGACCUGAAAGUGACGUAUGGUGAAGCCAUGAUGUGCCAAAAUCCUGUGACUUUGCAGAACGCUUCGCUGUACUUGGAACUGGGCCUCCGCUUUUCCAUCGUCAAUCUCUCUCUGGUUGCAGCCGAUUUGCUGGCAGCCAACGUGGGAAGGCCCCUUAGCGAGGCGGUGCUGGCGUUGGAUGGCUGCUGCUUUAAGGCAGUUCUGGCCAGUGAUGCGUUAAAUGUGGAAGAUGAGCAAGAUGUUCUCAGUAUUAUCAAAUCUUGGGUUGAGAAGGAUACUGGAGAGCGGUCCUCCGAACUCGAUUCUUUCUUAUCUCAAGUCCGCCUUUCGCUCUGCAGUUAUCAAACUUUGAUUGACUUGAUGUCGAAUUUGGGAGCAGACAGCCGGGACGAUCAUGGUGUGCUGUGGAAGGGCGUUGAUGAAGAGCAUCUUCGCUUGCGUGUCCGACGAGUUAUCGAUGAGAAACUCCAGGGUGGUCGUUUGUCAGACCGGCAGCGUCAUCACACCAAGCUUCCACGUGGAGAAGACGAGGAACGACUUGCGACUACCUUGAAGGUGAGCAAAGAUUUGUUCGCCGCAUGUGCUUCCACCACUGUGCUUGGUUCGCCGCAUCGAUCAUGAUCAAGGUCUCAUCAUGAACUGCUGGCGAAGGAGAUGAAGGGUUAGAAUAUGUUACACUGUUCAAAGGAACACCAAGUUCAAACUUCAAACUGUUCAAAGGGUGACAGGGUGGCUCCAUGGCAUUGCUACAUUGCUGGAUUUGCUGCUCCACCGUCUUCUGACCCUCUUCCGGCUCGCAACAUCUUUGGCGUCUUUAGUCUUUGGCCUGAUGUACGUUUCAAAAUUUCCGUCCCAUGGAUUCCCAUGGCCUACGGCCCGAACAAUGCCAUUGGCUCAACUGGCUCAACUGGCUCAAGUGUGGAAAGGCAUACUGCCUCUGCAUUUGCAAAGCUGCACGCGGAGAGAGAGCGAGAGAGAGAGACGCAGAUGACCGCGUUGCUACACACUAAAAAA